AUGUCGGAAUGUAUCGGUGGGAAGCGUGGUGAGAAGCGAUCCAACCUCAGGUUGCUCAGGACGUCUUCGAUUCUGGACCAAGGCAACACGUGCACGGCUCGCCAUGGAGACUGUCUCGGACUAUGUACUUACAACACUAGAACAGUGCCCACAAACGCUCACCUACAUGCCCUUCUCCAAGCUUCAAAUUCCACGUGGUUUCUCUGUAAGACAUUAUGCCUCGGACGUUCUAUGAACAUGGACUUGAAGAAGAGAAGGAUGAGAACAGCGCGGGCAGCAUUUGCACCCGUCAGGGAAGCUACGGACCAACUGGAGGACCAAGAUCUCUGUGACCAUCUGUUCGACUCUAAAGUGUUUUCAGCGCUCUGUUACGCAGCAAAGACGUGGAAAGACAUCGCUGCCACGUCAGGGAAAAUACUCGCUACCCGUAGAGCCCUUCAGAGAUGA